AUGCCCGACGACGCCCAUCAUGGUCGCUUUCGCAUGCCAGUGGAAAGCGCGCGCCACUCGCACACCCUGAUGGCUUUCCCCAGCAGAGAGUCAGCAGAAAGCACAGAGCAUCUGGAAGCUCUACAGUCCGAAGUGACCAGCAUCGCAAAUACCAUCUCCCACUUCGAGCCAGUGCACCUCUACGCUCGUGAGGAGCUCAUUCCACAGGCAGAAUCCAUGGUCAGCAACAACGUCUUGGUCAAGCCAGCAACGGUGAGUGAACUCUGGAUCCGCGACAGUGGGCCAGUCUUCGUGCAGGACAUGGCUACGGGCAAAAGAGCGGCUGUCGGUUUCAAUUUCAACUACUGGGGUGGUAAACUCCCCGCCAUUGGCGAUGAGAGGGUUGCUUCCCAAAUUGCUGCGCACGCGAAUGAAGUCUCGGUAUCUUCCAAACUCACCCUUGAGGGAGGUGGCAUUGAGCACGAUGGCGAGGGCACAUUCCUCGGUACAGAGAGCUGCAUCGUCAACAACAACCGAAAUCCUGGGUUCUCCAGAUCUGAUGCCGAAGCUGAGCUGACGGAAAAGCUCGGAGUCACGCAUUUCAUCUGGAUCCCCGGCGUCAAGGACUACGACAUUACAGAUUACCACAUCGACGCGCUGGCACGCUUCACGUCCCCUGGUGUCGUGCUUCUCAGCAAGCCCGGGCCGGAUGCUCAUCCCACAGCGGUCGACGUCUACCAAUCUGCCCGCUCUAUCCUCACAUCGGCAAGGGACGCUAAGGGUCGAUCAUUAAUGGUGUAUGACUGCGAGGAACCUGACAUCACACUCCUGGGACCGCCCGAUCAGCAUAACGAGGUCAUCGGAUCGUAUGCAAACUACCUCGUCGUGAACGGAGGGGUUAUUAUGCCCAAAUUCGGGCAGGAAAGACAGGACAUGGCGGCUUUUGAGUUGUUCAAGAAGUUGUUCCCCGACAGGAAAGUGGUCCAGGUGCUCAUCAACAUGUUGCCGAGGACGGGCGGCGGGAUCCAUUGCGCGACGCAGCAAGUUCCGCAAAUCUGA